CUAUUUUUUUUCACUAAACCGUAAUUAUAUGUGAUAUUAUUUAAAACGCGUGGCUUCAUUAAAUCAGUCGAUCAAUUUAAGAAUUAUUAUUUUCGUCUACAUGUAAUAUUAUCAUAAGAACCAUGACGGACCAUUUAGCUGUUUACGUAAAAUCAGCACAAAAGACUUACGGAAAAGACACCAUUUUCGAAAACUUGUCGAUGUCUGUUGAAAAAGCAACCAUUUAUGGUCUCUUGGGUGCAAGCGGAUGCGGUAAAACUACCUUACUAAACUGCAUAAUCGGUCGCAAAAAAUUGGACAAAGGUGACGUGUGGACUUUGGGAUAUAAACCUGGAACGAAAGGGGUGGUGCCUGGACCAAGAAUGGGCUACAUGCCUCAAGAUACGGCUUUGGUUCCAGAAUACACCGUUAAAGAGACCAUUUAUUUCUUCGGAAGGAUUGCCAAUAUGUCAGAUGAUCGGAUCUUCAACAGGUUCUACGAGCUGUCAAAGUUACUUGACUUACCUCCACGAAACCAGUAUGUCAGAGACUGUAGCGGUGGGGAGCAACGAAGAAUCUCUUUAGCUGCAACCAUUGUUAGCGAACCAGAACUGCUGAUUCUUGACGAACCCACUGUGGGAGUCGAUUCUGUUUUAAGAGAAAAGAUAUGGAGUUAUUUUAUAGAAUUGGUUCGUGACCAAAAAGUUACCGUUUUACUUACCACUCACUAUAUUGAAGAGUGUAAUGGGGCUGAUAAGGUUGGCUUAAUGAGGAACGGGCAUCUCCUUACUGAGCAGCCACCUCUAAUCAUUUUGUCUCUCUAUGAAUCCGAAACUUUGGAGCAAGCUUUUUUAAAAUUAUGCAUCCAAGAAGACGAAGGGAAGUAUUCUGACAUAGAAAAAAACCAAAACUCUAUGUACUAUACUCCCUCCACUUCUAUGCAGAGCUUUCAAGAAUAUCAAUCAACUGAGAAACUCUUAGAGAAACCAAAUGAGCCUUAUGAAAUUUGGGGCGUAAAUCCGAAACAUGUGCAGUCACUGUUACAUAAAAACUGGACGCAGUUCAAAAGAAAUAUUAUGGGUUUAAUCCUUUUUGGAGUAUUGCCAAUAACACAAACCUUUUUUUUCGUCUACUGCAUCGGGGGGCAACUCAGAGACCUAAAGCUUGGAAUAAUUAAUUACGAAGUCCCUUGGGACGGAUGUCACAUGUAUGAUAAGAGACUUUCCGCAAUACCAAAUAGUGAAACUUACGAUUGCACAUUUAGAAAUUUGAGCUGUCGGUUUAUAGAGUAUUUGGAUGAUCCUAUGAUAGAUAUUAUGAGGUUUGAUGGAGUGGAUGAUGCCACAGAAGCUAUAAAGCAUGGGAUUAUUAUUGCUUAUAUAUAUUUUCCACAGAACUUUUCUCAGUGCUAUGAAGAGAAGGCCAGAGAUAUGCUAUCCGUAGACCCUGAAUCCUUGGAAUCUGCUAAAAUCCACGGAGAGUUCGAUAUGAGCUCCAAACCGUUGGGGGAAGGGUUGAAGUACAAGCUCAUUGAUUUGUUCUUGGACUUUCAAAGGGAUCUUUAUCAGGAUUGCAACUGGAACAAACGUAUAGGUCAACCGCCUAUAAACGAACACUAUCUUUUCGGCAAGAAGUACGAUCCAUAUUUGAUGUUCUUGAUACCAGGAUUGCUUGCAACGUUUGGAUUUUUCUUCGGUGCAACUAUGACCUCGCAAAUAAUUGUUUCGGAAAAGUGUGAAGGUGUUUGGGACCGAUCUUUAGCAGCAGGAGUUACGACCUUAGAGGUCGUUUUAGGACACUUAAUACUACAAUUCUCAAUUUGCGUUUUUCACGCAUUAACUCCUUUGAUCGUCACUUUAUACAUCUACGGUUUGGAAUAUCAAGGAUCCUUUUUUCACAUGGCACUUAUAUGUAUCAUUCAAAAUAGCUGCGGAUUAGUGCUAGGUUUUUAUAUCUCUGUGGCUAGUAAGACUCAUUCGCAAGCCAACUAUACUGUGACCGGAAUUCUUUUACCAGUUAUUAUUAUGUGUGGUAUGUUAUGGCCCUUAGAAAGUUUACCGUAUUUUCUUCAGUUGAUUUCGAAAUGUUUGCCAGUGACCUUACCUAUUGUAGGCCUAAGAAAUGUUAUAAGAAAAGGCGAAUCCUUCUGGACCCCGCAACUCCUGACGGUCAAUCUGAUACCGAUUGGAUGGAUCACCGUAUUAAUCCUGUUGAGUUUGUGGCAAAUUAAAACUGUCAAAUAAAAAUCGUUGUUGAAAUUA